AUGGCUUCCAAACGCGCCCUCCGCGCUCUGCAGUCACAGAUCCAAUGCCUCAGUCAAAUGCAGUCUCGUCAGCAAUCCUCCUCCACCUCUGCAAUGGCCUAUAAGGCUCUGCAUCGCCGUAUCAAUCCGCUGCCAAAUACACCAGCACAUAGCGCCAUCUCGCCGGCAGCAGCUGUAUCGAGCAUCCUCUACGAAACGCCAAUCCCUUCCUCAAACCCGAAAACCGCCCACGUCCUCAACUGCCUCGUGCAAAACGAGCCCGGAGUGCUCUCCCGCGUAUCAGGAAUCUUAGCAGCGAGAGGCUUCAACAUCGACUCACUGGUCGUGUGCAGCACAGAGGUCGCAGACCUGUCCCGGAUGACAAUCGUCCUACAAGGGCAAGACGGAGUGGUGGAGCAAGCAAGAAGACAACUGGAAGACCUCGUGCCAGUAUGGGCUGUAUUGGACUAUACCGCCGCACCUCUCGUACAGCGCGAACUACUGCUCGCCAAAAUCUCAAUCCUCGGACCCGAAUACUUCGACGAACUCCUCGCCCACCACCGCGAAAUGACGGGUGAUUCGGAUCCAGCAAUCAUUCCCGAGGACACGGAAGAGGGAGCUAACGUGGAUUCUACAAUGCACGAAAUCGAUUUCCACCCAAAGAACCUCGCACCCUCGGAAGCUUUGCGAUUGAAGCAUCAGCAUUUGGAAACAAUCACGUACCUGACACAUCAAUUCGGAGGCAAAAUGCUAGACAUUUCGACGAACAACUGCAUUGUGGAACUGUCUGCGAAGCCGAGCAGGAUCGAUUCGUUCAUGAAACUGAUCACACCUUUCGGUAUUUUGGAGAGUGCGAGAACAGGUAAGUAAGAAAUGCCACGUCCUGGUGCUAUAUCUUUUUGGCAUUGCAAGGGCAUCCCCGCGGAACACGCAGCUGCCAUGCUACUGGCCGGCUCCCUGUGAGCUCUGUACUCGUUAGCACGCUCGGCAUGAAGGGGACCCUCCAGAAGGAAACAUGCUGCACUUGGUUCAAGAAGCUAACUCUACGCCCAGGUUUGAUGGCCCUCCCACGCUCGCCCCUCAACGGCGGAGAAGUAGAACAGACAAAGGAAGUCGAGGAGAUCAUGGAUGCGGCUUCCCUGCCCCCUUCAUAG